CAUCUUUCCGCGCCCGCCUUGCGAAGAGGCAUGGGUGGGCGCUGUGGCAGGUGAUGCCGUGGCUUCUCCGGGCUGGGAUCGGUUGAUAUCCCGAGACGGAGGGGAAUCCCGGAUUCCAGCGCGGCCUCUUUUCCACGGUUGAUCUCGGCCAGCUCCUUCCCCCCCCGGUGGCCCCCAGUCAUAAGUUUCCCCCAGCUGUGGAGGUCGGAGGGCUUCUUCGCCCGGCUUAAUCGCAUCCCCGGAGACAGACCGUGUGAACUGCCGCCCUUUGGAGGACUGAAGCGGGGUUUCCAAGGGUUUGGGGGGAACAGCGCGAUGUGUGCCGCCUCCGCCCCUCCUAAACCCCCAGCUGGGGGGCCGGCUUUCUGCCAGCGAGGGUGGGCGCAGGUGUUGUCGAAGGUGAAGCGGGCGGUGGUGUUCAUGGACUCGGCUUGCGCGGAAAGCCUCCACUGGACCUGGGGCGGAAUGGGGCAGCUCUUGCAAGCCGGCGCCCUCAACGUCAAGGAGUUCUCCAGCUUCGAGUCCGGGGGCCCCAAGCAACCCAAGGCAGUCUUUGUGGUCAGCACCUUGCUGAAAGGCCGGACGGUGGACACCAUUCGCGACAUUGUGAGCCUCAGCGGCUUCCAGUACUGUGUGGUUUUCACUGGGGUCAGCCACACGGUCCACUUGCAGGCCUACAACACUCCCCCCACCGGGCCCGAGACCGAAAGCUCCAGCCUGGUCGUCUUCGAACAGUUUGAAGAGAAGCUUUGCCAGUGGAUGGGCAACAUGAACUACACGGCGGAGGUGCACCAUGCCGCUUUGUUUCUGGCCCCCGUGGUCGUGCCCCACCUCUUCGUGACGCCUGCCUUUUCCAGGCUUUUCCCUCUGAUGGAGGAGGACCUGGCCCAGAUCAAUCGUGCGCGGCCGGAGAAGAAAAAAAUUACUCACCUGAGCGAUGUGGACUUCUCCGCUCUGCCUUCCGAGUUGCAGCUUGCCAUCAGGUCGCUGGUGUCUGAUCUCAACGCCUUCUUCGAGUAUCUUGGUGUCCGGGAGGAAUGCUUUGCCCUCGGACCGCUGAGCAAGGUUAUUGCAGGGGAUCUGGCAAAUUUUUCCCAGGCCAAAGUCAGGAGAAAAAACGCACCCAAUAAAGCUUCUAUCGUUUUUGUGGAUCGGACAUUAGAUUUGACAGGAGCUGUUGGGCAUCAUGGUGACAACUUAGCAGAAAAGAUUCUCUCUAUACUUCCCAAGUUACCAGGUCAUACAAGUGAUGUGAUGGUCAACAUGGUGGAGCUCACAAGCCUGCACACUAAUGAGAAGAGUUGCAAUAUUAUAGCUCCUGGCUGCUUGGCACAACCAACAGAACCAGCUGCUAGAGCUCUGUGGGAGUCCUUAAUGAAUCUAAAACAGAAGGAAAGUUUGAUGGAAGUUAGAAGACACUUAGUAGAAGCUGCAAGCCGGGAAAAUUUGCCAAUCAAGAUGAGCAUGGGGAGAGUCACCCCUGAUCAGCUUCACACAUAUAUCCAGCUUUUCAAGAAGAAAAUUGACGCUCUUGAAAAUCAUUGUGGGCUUCUGCAGAUUGCGCUGGCUGUUGUACAGACUCUAAAAGACCCUCAGAACGCCAAAUGGGACAACUUUCUAGCCUUUGAACGGCUAUUUGUACAGAAUAUUGGUGAGUCAACAUUAUUUAACGCACUGGAGCAACUGCUACCUAUUAUCAAGUCUUAUAGUAACAGGACAGAGGAUGAUUACACUCCCCAAGAGCUACUUCUGUUAUUGGUAUAUAUUUACUCCAUAGUGGGAGAAGCCAAAACUGGGAAAGAAUUAAAUGAGGCUGAAAGUCAAGUGAAGGAAGCCUUUGUCCAAGCUAUUUGCGAUGAACCAGAGCUACAGCCUUUGCUGCAGAAAAUAAUAGGUUGUGAGUCUUCCACCAAGGUUACGUUUCCAAAAGCCACGGCUGCAGUGAAUGAGAUAUUCAAGAGCCUAAGGGACAUUACAAGAGUCCGGUCACAAAUGAAACAGUUUAAUUCUCUACAUAUCCCGGGGAGCCACAGCCAACAGGCAUCUUAUAAACCAUUGAUGAAGCAAGUGCUGGAAGAGAUUUACAAUCCUGAUCGACCGGACCCUGUUGAUAUUGAACACAUGUCUUCUGGGCUUACAGAUCUUCUAAAAACGGGGUUCAGCAUGUUUAUGAAGGUGAGCCGACCCCACCCAAGUGAUCAUCCUAUGCUGGUCCUCUUCAUGGUUGGUGGCGUAACAGUAUCUGAAGUCCGAAUGAUAAAGGAUCUUGUAGCAGUGCACAAGCCCAGAGUAGAGGUAAUUGUUCUCUCUACCACACUCCUGACACCACUUAACGUUCUGGAGCUGCUUUUUGCCACAGACCGUCUCAAGCCAGAUAUUGGUAUCUGAAGUUGCCAAAGCAGGCAUCUGGCCCAACGUGUGGAAAAUGCACCAAACUCUUGCCUUCUGUCUUUCAAGAACAUUCCUUUAAAACAGAGAUUCUGUGACAUUGCCUGUAAGGUGAGAAAUUUUCAAAUGGGGAAAAAGCGAUGAGCUCAACGUCUGUGAAGAAAAGUAUCUGCCUUAAGAGAUUGCUUCAAAGCCAUUUUCAGGGAAGUCAUGCUGACUUUCCUCUCUCUGCAGAAAUGUUGUGCUUAGCUGAAAAUCCUUUAUCUCCAGCUUAUUAGCGGCAAUGAUUAUUGCUGGCAUUAUUGUAUCAGAGCCUGUAAAGAUUGUAAAACCAUAGAAGAGAGCAACGCAGACCUUCCAUUUUUAGACAAAGCUUUUGCCACGUUCUUUUGAGCCCCGUUGUUCACAACUUCUCUUUAGCGAGGCGAAUAAAAGAUACCACUACAAAAAGACAACGGGAAAUUUGUGAGUGGCAAAUUUGAUCUGAAAUAUCGUAUUGUCUCUGAGACAAGGUACGCUUCUUGACAAAUAGUUGUGGUGGGGGGGGGGGAGGAAGCAAUGCCAAGAUUGGCCAAGAUCCAACAGUACCCAAGAAGGUGGGUCAAAAAUAAGCAAAAUGGUGGUUGUGAAAUUGCAAUCCAAGCAUUGCCCUUUUGUAAGCGCACACAUCUGAAAGGGUUGGCGUUUCAGUUGUGUUGUUGUUACUGCCAUCUUGCCUUUUUUUUUUUUAAUUCCCUUCACGUCACCAUUGUCUAGAUCAGUGGUUCUCAACCUUUUUAUACCGGCGACCCCGGUCAUAAGCACACGCCAGCGCCCCCAUGCGCGGCGCACAUGCGCGGUGCCACCCCCUGCGCCGGCUGAGGAGAAAAAAUGGCGGAUCACAUUGUUUGGCGACCCCCAUGAAAUGGGGUCGCGACCCACAGGUUGAGAACCGCUGAUCUAGAUUGCGUAUUAGUAGCCAAGUUACAAGGCAGUAGACACCUCUGUGGGAAGAGUUAAGAGGCCAGAAUUUGAAGCUAAUUGGUUUUCCUCAAGAGCUCCAGUUUCCAUUCUUCUGAGGUAAAAACUUUUCCCUCUUUAAACAGAAAGAUGUAGCUCGUGCUACUAUUGGAUUCCGGCUUCCAUCAGCCUCUGUCAUCAAAGACAACACUCCAAAUUUAUCUGAAGCACUACAGAUUCCCUUAUUUAGAACUCGGUACUCCAAAAAAAGCAAACCCAGACUCUACCAUGGGUAACUGAUGUGUUCAUGCAAUCCAAAAUUAUCCCUGGCCAGAACGUCAAAAAAGUGUGUGAAGUUCCUUCAGAAAUAAUCCAAAGAGAACAUCUCAUUGUCAUGUAAGCCCUUGAUGCUAACCUUCCAGGGGGCAGGAAUAUCCUUAUUCUUAGUAGUGCAUCUCCUAGCUCAGGGGUAGGCAACCUUGGCUCUUUUAUGACUCGUGGACUUCAACUCCCAGAAUUCCUGAGCCAGCAUGGCUCAGCUUGGAAACCUUUCCCUUUCCCCUCAGCAUGG